UGAAGCUAGCUAGCUUCUUACACGAGCAAAUCAAUCACACUCACAGCGCAGUCACCCGUUAGCUAGCUAAUUACUGGACCAGUAGCUUAUCUGCCUCGUAGCAUUGUUUUAUACUGGAUCGCAUUACCACAUUUUACUCUGCAGUUAUGAGCCGAACUCCGGAUGCAAGGGCAAGGUAAGGCAUGUUUACAACUUGCAAGACAGAGCUAACUAGCUCACGUAACGACGUUAGCCGUUUUAGCGUGAACACAUUGUGCAAAAUACUUGAUUUAUAUAACUUUUUUUAGUGAUUUGUUAGUUAGCUAGCUAACCUUUCUUAAAUUAUUUAACUAGCUAGGUAGCUAUUGCGUCCAACUUUAGCUUGAUAUUAGUGUUUCUGUGAUAGCUAGACUAACUAUGUAACUUAGUUAACUUUAACCAGGUUAUCUAGCUAAAGUUACCUGGAUGUUCCCAUCACAGAGACAGUCAGACCAGACAGAUCCAGGAGAACAUCACCAACACGGAGAAGCACUUUGGAGAGAUGUGCCAACUGUUCGCUGCCUACGUGCGUAAAACGGCGAGGUUACGGGACAAGGCAGACCUACUGGUCAGAGAGAUCAGCAUCUAUGCGGAGACAGAAACGCCAAAUCUGCAGAGGGGUAUGAAACAGUUUGCAGACAACCUUGCCAAAGUUCAGGAUUAUCGUCAAGCAGAGGUAAGCCUAUGUACCAGAGUUUUUUAAUCAUAAUACAUGCACUAAAUAAAUAUGGUUGUUAUUGAAAAUAGUGCAUACUUCUAUUGAUCAGACAAUUGAUCAUUUUUCAUCUGCAGGUAUUUUGUGUUCUAAUCUAGCUGCAUGUGAUCUCAAAUCCCCCCAGGGAUGAAUUAACUACGUAACUUUGAUAUUCUCAAUGUAUUUGCAGGUGGAGAGGCUUGAAGCCAAAGUGGUAGAGCCUUUGAAAAGCUAUGGAAGUGUUGUUAAACUUAAACGGGUAAGAUACAGUCCUUUCCCAUAUUUGGAUAAAACUGCUGCUCUUUGUAUAUGGUCGUUUUUCUGUUCUGAUGUAUAGGCCUACUGUUCCGAUGGAUAGGCCUACUGUUCUGAUGGAUAGGCCUACUGUUCCGAUGGAUAGGCCUACUGUUCCGAUGGAUAGGCCUACUGUUCUGAUGGAUAGGCCUACUGUUCUGAUGGAUAGGCCUACUGUUCUGAUGGAUAGGCCUACUGUUCCGAUGGAUAGGCCUACUGUUCUGAUGGAUAGGCCUACUGUUCUGAUGGAUAGGCCUACUGUUCUGAUGGAUAGGCCUACUGUUCCGAUGGAUAGGCCUACUGUUCUGAUGGAUAGGCCUACUGUUCUGAUGGAUAGGCCUACUGUUCUGAUGGAUAGGCCUACUGUUCUGAUGGAUAGGCCUACUGUUCCGAUGGAUAGGCCUACUGUUCUGAUGGAUAGGCCUACUGUUCUGAUGGAUAGGCCUACUGUUCUGAUGGAUAGGCCUUGCCUACUGUUCUGAUGGAUAGGCCUACUGUUCCGAUGGAUAGGCCUUCUGUUCUGAUGGAUAGGCCUACUGUUCCGAUGGAUAGGCCUACUGUUCCGAUGGAUAGGCCUACUGUUCUGAUGUAUAGGCCUACUGUUCUGAUGGAUAGGCCUACUGUUCUGAUGGAUAGGCCUACUGUUCUACUGUUCUACUGUUUUGGGUGACAGUUAUCCUCUAUUAUGUUGUCAAAAAAACAAAAAACCGAACGUCUGUUGCACACCUGAGGGGUAUCACACCUGAGGGGUAUCACACCUGAGGGGUAUCACACCUGAGGGGUAUCACACCUGAGGGGUAUCACACCUGAGGGGUAUCACACCUGAGGUGUAUCACACCUGAGGUGUAUCACACCUGAGGCGUAUCACACCUGAGGCGUAUCAUAGGAAGCAGGUUUGAGGAGUUAGCAAAGUAACUUUGGUCAACUCUGAGUUCAACUUGGGAUAACCGGUCAUACGAAAGUGGCUCACCUUUUAGCCAGGUACAUUUCUAUGGCAACAAAUCCUUCAGAACUAACCUGCUCCGGGGCAGGCUAACUCAGGGAUAACUCCACAUACCCUGAAUGAAAUGACCUGAACCACGAGGUGAGGACCAAUGAAAUUAGAUUCCCUCCCUCAAAUAAAAUGUUAAUUGUCACAUGCUUCGAAAAACAGGUGGAGACUAACAGUGAAAUGCUUACUGGGCCCUUCCCAACAACAGGUGGAGACUAACAGUGGAAUGCUUACUGACGGGCCCUUCCCAACAACAGGUGGAGACUAACAGUGAAAUGCUUCCUGGGCCCUUCCCAACAACAGGUGGAGACUAACAGUGAAAUGCUUCCUGGGCCCUUCCCAACAACAGGUGGAGACUAACAGUGAAAUGCUUACUGGGCCCUUCCCAACAACAGGUGGAGACUAACAGUGAAAUGCUUACUGGGCCCUUCCCAACAACAGGUGGAGACUAACAGUGAAAUGCUUACUGGGCCCUUCCCAACAACAGGUGGAGACUAACAGUGAAAUGCUUACUGGGCCCUUCCCAACAACAGGUGGAGACUAACAGUGAAAUGCUUACUGGGCCCUUCCCAACAACAGGUGGAGACUAACAGUGAAAUGCUUACUGGGCCCUUCCCAACAACAGGUGGAGACUAACAGUGAAAUGCUUCCUGGGCCCUUCCCAACAACAGGUGGAGACUAACAGUGAAAUGCUUACUGGGCCCUUCCCAACAACAGGUGGAGACUAACAGUGAAAUGCUUCCUGGGCCCUUCCCAACAACAGGUGGAGACUAACAGUGAAAUGCUUACUGGGCCCUUCCCAACAACAGGUGGAGACUAACAGUGAAAUGCUUACUGGGCCCUUCCCAACAACAGGUGGAGACUAACAGUGAAAUGCUUACUGGGCCCUUCCCAACAACAGGUGGAGACUAACAGUGGAAUGCUUACUGGGCCCUUCCCAACAACAGGUGGAGACUAACAGUGAAAUGCUUACUGGGCCCUUCCCAACAACAGGUGGAGACUAACAGUGAAAUGCUUACUUGCGGGCCCUUCCCAACAACAGGUGGAGACUAACAGUGAAAUGCUUACUGGGCCCUUCCCAACAACAGGUGGAGACUAACAGUGAAAUGCUUACUGGGCCCUUCCCAACAACAGGUGGAGACUAACAGUGAAAUGCUUACUGGGCCCUUCCCAACAACAGGUGGAGACUAACAGUGAAAUGCUUACUUGCGGGCCCUUCCCAACAACAGGUGGAGACUAACAGUGAAAUGCUUACUGGGCCCUUCCCAACAACAGGUGGAGACUAACAGUGAAAUGCUUACAGGCCCUUCCCAACAAUGCAGAAUACAAUAAAAUACAAAAUAAAAUGAAAAUAAUAAUAGAACAGAAAUUGUAACACCAGUAAUAGAUACACAGCGUGACUAUAUAGAUGCAGUACCAGUAUCUAGAUGCUACGCCAUCUGGACAAACCAAGAUUUAUAGAUGACCUAUACAUAUAUACCCCAUAAUGACUGUAUAUCUAAUGUCAUAAUGUAUAUACACUACCGGUCAAAAGGUUUAGAACACCUACUCAUUCAAGAGUUUUUCUUUAUUUUUAAUAUUUUUCACAUUGUAGAAUAAUAGUGAAGACAUCAGAACUAUGAAAUAGCACACAUGGAAUCAUGUAGUAACCAAAGAAAUGUUAAACUAAUCAAAAUAUGUUUUAUAUUUGAGAUUCUUCAAAUAGCCACCCUUUGCCUUGAUGACAGCUUUGCACACUCUUGGCAUUCUCAACCAGCUUCAUGAGGUAGUCACCUGGAAUGCAUUUCAAUUAACAGGUGUGCCUUCUUAAAAGUUAAUUUGUGGAAUUUCUCUCCUUAAUGCGUUUGACACAAUCAGUUGUGUUGUGACCUAGCCAACCACGUGAGGGCGGUGACCUAGCCAACCACGUGAGGGCGGUGACCUAGCCAACCACGUGGGGGCGGUGACCUAGCCAACCACGUGAGGGCGGUGACCUAGCCAACCACGUGAGGGCGGUGACCUAGCCAACCACGUGAGGGCGGUGACCUAGCCAACCACGUGGGGGCGGUGACCUAGCCAACCACGUGAGGGCGGUGACCUAGCCAACCACGUGAGGGCGGUGACCUAGCCAACCACGUGGGGGCGGUGACCUAGCCAACCACGUGGGGGCGGUGACCUAGCCAACCACGUGGGGGCGGUGACCUAGCCAACCACGUGGGGGCGGUGACCUAGCCAACCAGGUGGGGGCGGUGACCUAGCCUGUUGUAUUGUGUCACUGUCUCCAGUUCAAUCCCAGUAUAUUGGUGAUCCAUUUAAAUCCAUAUUUUACUAUGACCUGGCUGUAUUCUACAGUUGGUUGGAUCUUAAUAUGACCAGUUGGUUGGAUCUUACUAUGACCAGUUGGUUGGAUCUUAAUAUGACCUGGCUGUAUUCUACAGUUGGUUGGAUCUUAAUAUGACCUGGCUGUAUUCUACAGUUGGUUGGAUCUUAAUAUGACCUGGCUGUAUUCUACAGUUGGUUGGAUCUUACUAUGAUCUUGUACGAUCUUAAUCAAAUUUGUCAUUUUAUUGAAAUAUGUAUUAUUUGUGGGUCCCAAAUGGCAACCUAUUUCCUAUAUAGUGCACUACUUUUGGCCAGGACCCAUAGAGCCCUGGUCUAAAGUAGUGCACUAUAUAGGGAAUAGGGUGCCAUUUGAGAUGCUACCAUUAUUUCAUCCACUAACCCCAGCCCCCUCAACAUGCACGUAUGUGAUUGUCAGGAGGGCCUGAAGACCACUCAGAGUGCCAGGAACAGGGAGUCCAAACAGAUGCAGCAGCUGGAGAGAAUGAGACAGAGGAACCCCUCUGACAGACAGAUCAUCGUAUCCUUACUGUUCUCUCACCUACCAUCCCUUUACGCCAGUCAUGCAUUAGGCUACAUUGUUAUUCACGUGCUGUAUGCGUGUCAAUGGGAUAACACUGAACACUAGUAGGUUGAUUGCUGUCACUGCUAUUCAUAAAUUACUAUAUUAAAGAGAGGUGAAAGAGGAUUUAUAAUUUCUAAUGUCCUAAUUUCCUUAACGAUACCAACAGUCCCAGGUGGGUGGCUUUCUUCUGAAUCUCUGGUUCUGUAUGAUUGCAGUCCAGUAUAUUAAUUUAUCUCUUCUCUUUGUCUUGAGACAUAUUUAGUCAAAUAUCCAUUAUGGAAAUUAUUUGAAGUGUAUGUUAUUUUGUUGUGUAUUGUGUUGUCAUGACAACAGGCUGAAAGUGACCUGCAGAGAGCCACGAUGGACGCCACGCGCACAACACGACAACUGGAGGAGACGAUAGACGCGUUUGAAAAGCAGAAAAUACAAGAUAUCAAGGUCUCUCUCUCUGUCUCUCUGUCUCUCGGUCUCUCUCUCUCUCUCUCUCUCUCUCUCUCUCUCUCUCUCUCCCUCUCUCCCUCUCUCCAAAUAAGCACAAUAUCCAGUGUUUCUUUGUGGUCAGAUUUUCAGCAUUAGCAAUCAUCCUUUGUUGAAUGGAACCACAGUAAAACAAUCUGUUUAAUCAUUAUUACAAUAAUUGUUGUUCAUUACUUCCUUUUAUUGACAAGGCCAUACUAUCCUUCUGCUCCUCUCUCCCUGUAGAAGAUCUUUGGGGAGUUCUUGACGGUGGAGAUGUCGUUCCAUGCCAAGGCGUUGGAGGCGUACACCACAGCUUACCAGAGCAUACACAACGUAGAUGAAGAGGAGGAUCUGGAGGUAAUAUAGUAGAUGAAGAGGAGGAUCUGGAGGUAAUAUAGUAGAUGAAGAGGAGGAUCUGGAGGUAAUAUAGUAGAUGAAGAGGAGGAUCUGGAGGUAAUAUAGUAGAUGAAGAGGAGGAUCUGGAGGUCAGGGUUAUAGUAGCUUUGGGCCUGUAUUGAUGAAGCAUGUCAGAAAAGGUCCUAGGAAUCCUGAUAACAUGUUUUAGGACAAUAACAAAAAACCUUCCAGCUCAGAGUACAGUGAGGGAAAAAAGUAUUUGAUCCCCUGCUGAUUUUGUACGUUUGCCCACUGACAAAGGAAUGAUCAGUCUAUAAUUUUAAUGGUACGUUUAUUUGAACAGUGAGAGACAGAAUAACAACCAAAAAAUCCAGAAAAACGCAUGUCAAAAAUGUUAUAAAUUGAUUAGCAUUUUAAUGAGGUAAAUAAGUAUUUGACCCCCUCUCAAUCAGAAAGAUUUCUGGCUCCCAGGUGUCUUUUAUACAGGUAACGAGCUGAGAUUAGGAGCACACUCUUAAAGGGAGUGCUCCUAAUCUCAGUUUGUUAAAGGGAGUGCUCCUAAUCUCAGCUUGUUACCUUUAUAAAAGACACCUGUCCACAGAAUCAAUCAGUCAAUCAGAUUCCAAACUCUCCACCAUGGCCAAGACCAAAGAGCUCUCCAAGGAUGUCAGGGACAAGAUUGUAGACCUACACAAGGCUGGAAUGGGCUACAAGACCAUCGCCAAGCAGCGUGAUGAGAGGUGUUGGGUUUGCGCCAGACAUAGCGUAUUCCUUGAUGGCCAAAAAGCUCAAUUUUAGUUUCAUCUGACCAGAGUACCUUCUUCCAUAUGUUUGGGGAGUCUCCCACUUGCCUUUUGGUGAACACCAAAUGUGUUUGCUUAUUUUUUCUUUAAGCAAUGGCUUUUUUUCUGGCCACUCUUCCGUAAAGCCCAGCUCUGUGAAGUGUACAGCUUAAAGUGGUCCUAUGGACAGAUACUCCAAUCUCCACUGUGGAGCUUUGCAGCUCCUUCAGGGUUAUCUGUGGACUCUUUGUUGCCUCUGAUUAAUGCCCUCCUUCCCUGGUCUGUGAGUUUUGGUGGGCGGCCCUCUCUUGGCAGAUUUGUUGUGGUGCAAUAUUCUUUCCAUUUUUUAAUAAUGGAUUUAAUGGUGCUCCGUGGGAUGUUGUAGCUGUCCCGUAUAGCUCAGUUGGUAGAGCAUGGCGUUUGCAAUGCCAGGGUUGUGGGUUCGAUUCCCACGGGGGGCCAGUAUGAAAAAAAUACAUGAAAACAAUAACUGUAUGUCUGGAUAAAAGCGUCUGUUAAAUUACUAAAAUGUAAAAUGUAAUGUUCUUUAGAACCCAACCCUGUCCUGACCUGUUUGGAGAUCCUUGGUCUUCAUGGUGCCGCUUGCUUGGUGGUGUUGCAGACUCUGGGGCCUUUCAGAACAGGUGUACAGUUGAAGUCGGAAGUUUACAUACACUUAGGUUGGAAUCAUUAAAACUUGUUUUUCAACCACUCCAAAAAUGUCUUGUUAACAAACUAUAGUUUUGGCAAGUCGGUUAGGACAUCUACUUUGUGCAUGACACAAGUCAUUUUUCCAAUAAUUGUUUACAGACAGAUUAUUUCACUUAUAAUUCACUGUAUCACAAUUCCAGUUGGUCAGAAGUUUACAUACACUAAGUUGACUGUGCCUUUAAACAGCUUGGAAAAUUCCAGAAAAUGAUGUAAUGGCUUUAAGAGCUUCUGAUAGGCUAAUUGACAUAAUUUGAGUCAAUUGGAGGUGUACCUGUGGAUGUAUUUCAAGGCCUACCUUCAAACUCAGUGCCUCUUUGCUUGACAUCAUGGGGAAAUCAAAAUAAAUCAGCCAAGACCUCAGAAAAACAAUUGUAAACCUCCACAAGUCUGGUUCAUCCUUGGGAGCAAUUUCCAAACGCCUGAAGGUACCACGUUCAUCUGUACAAACAAUAGUAUGCAGCCGUCAUACCGCUCAGGAAGGAGACGCGUUCUGUCUCCUAGAGAUGAACGUAGUUUGGUGCGAAAAGUGCAAAUCAAUCCCAGAACAACAGCAAAGGACCUUGUGAAGAUGCUGGAGGAAACAGGUACAAAAGUCUCUAUAUCCACAGUAAAACGAGUCCUAUAUCGACAUAACCUGAAAGGCCGCUCAGCAAGGAAGAAGCCACUGCUCCAAAACCGCCAUAAAAAAGCCAGACUACGGUUUGCAACUGCACAUGGUGACAGAUAUCGUACUUUUUGUAGAAAUGUCCUCUGGUCUGAUGAAACAAAAAUAGAACUGUUUGGCCAUAAUGACCAUCGUUAUGUUUGGAGGAAAAAGGGGGCACUUGUGAGCUGAAGAACACCAUCCCAACCGUGAAGGACGGGGGUGGCAGCAUCAUGCUGUGGGGGUGCUUUGCUGCAGGAGGGACUGGUGCGCUGCACAAAAUAGAUGGCAUCAUGAGGAAGGAAAAUUAGGUGGAUAUAUUGAAGCAACAUCUCAAGACAUCAGUCAGGAAGUUAACGCUUGGUUGCAAAUGGGUCUUCCUAAUGGACAAUGACCCCAAGCAUUCUUCCAAAGUUGUGGCAAAAUGGCUUAAGGACAACAAAGUCAAGGUAUUGGAGUGGCCAUCACAAAGCCCUGACCUCAAUCCUAUAGAAAAUGUGUGGGCAGAACUGAAAAAGCGUGUGCGAGCAAGGAGGCCUACAAAACUGACUCAGUUACACCAGAUCUGUCAGGAAGAAUGGGCAAAAAAUCACCCAACUUAUUGUGGGAAGCUUGUGGAAGGCUACCCAAAAUGUUUGACCCAAGUGAAACAAUUUAAAGGCAAUGCUACCAAAUACUAAUUGAGUGUAUGUAAACCUCUGACCCAUUGGGAAUGUGAUGAAAGAAAUAAAAGCUGAAAUAAAUCAUUCUCUCUACUAUUAUUCUGACAUUUCACAUUCUUAAAAUGAAGUGGUGAUCCUAACUGACCUAAGACAGGGAAUUUUUACUAGGAUUAAAUGUCAGGAAUUGUCAAAAACGGAGUUUAAAUGUAUUUGGCUAAGGUGUAUGUAAACUUCCGACUUCAACUGUAUAUAUGCUGAGAUCAUGUGACAGAUUUUACAUUUAACAUUUUAAUCAUUUAGCAGACGCUCUUAUCCAGAGCGACUUACAGUUAGCGAGUGCAUACUUAUAUAUUUGUUUCAUACUGGCACCCCGUGGGAAUCGAACCAACAACCCUGGUGUUGCAAGCGCCAUGCUCUACCAACUGAGCUACACGGGGCACGGAUCAUGUGACACUUAGAUUGCACACAGGUGGACUUUAUUUAACUAAUUAUGUGACUUUGAAGGUAAUUGGUUGCACCAGAUCUUAUUUAGGGGCUUCAUAUCAAAGGGGGUGAAUACAUAUGCACGCACCACUUUUCUGUUAUUCAUUUUUUAGAAUUUUUUAAAACAUGUUAUUUUCUUCACUUCACUUCACCAAUUUGGACUAUUUUGUGUAUGUCCAUUACAUGAAAUCCAAAUAAAAAAUCAAUUUAAAUUACAGGUUGAAAUGCAACAAAAUAGGAAAAACGCCAAGGGGGAUGAAUACUUUUGCAAGGCACUGUAUGGAAUAGGGUGUAAAUCACUGGUUUGCAUUUUCACUGCUGCCUUCUUUUUCCCAGCAUGCCCAAUUUAGACAUGUUUUUUAACAAGCUCCAAAGCGAUGAUCUGAAAUAACAUGAUGUAGCCUAGGUUAAUUAAAUGAUCCAAAUAAAAAUGAAAUGUUUUAUUAAUUCAAAAUCAAAUUUUAUUGGUCACAUACAGCAGAUUUUGUUGUGGGUGGAGCGAAAUGCUUGUGUUCCUAGCUCCAACAGUGCAGUAGUAUCUAACAAUACACACAAAUCUAAAAGUCAAAGAAUGGAAUAAAUAAAUAUAUAAAUAUUAGGAUGUGCAAUGUCAGAGUGGCAUUGACUAAAAUACAGUAGAAUAGAAUCCAAUAUAUACAUAUGAGAUGAGUAAAGCAGUAUGUAAACAUUAUUAAAGUGACUAGUGUUCCAUUUAAAGUGGCCAGUGAUUCCAUGUCUAUGUAUAUAGGGCAGCAGCCUCUAAGGUGCAGGGUUGAGUAACCGGGUGGUAGCCGGCUAGUGAUGGCUGUUUAACAGUCUGAUGGCCUUGAGAUAGAAGCUGUUUUUCAGUCUCUCGGUCCCAGCUUUGAUGCACCUGUACUGACCUCGCCUUCUGGAUGAUAGCGGGGUGAACAGGCAAUGGCUCGGGUGGUUGUUGUCCUUGAUUAUCUUUUUGGCCUUCCUGUGACAUCGGGUGCUGUAGGUGUCCUGGAGGGCUGGUAGUUUGCCCCCGGAAAUGCGUUCGGCAGACCGCACCACCCUCUGGAGAGCCCUGCGGCUGCGGGCGGUGCAGUUGCCGUACCAGGCGGUGAUACAGCCCGACAGGAUGCUCUCAAUUGUGCAUCUGUAAAAGUUUGUGAGGGUUUUAGGUGCCAAGCUGAAUUUCUUCAGCCUCCUGAGGUUGAAGAGGCGCUGUUGUGUUAACAAGAAAUUUGUGGAGUGGUUGAAAAACACGUUUUAAUGACUCCAACCUAAGUGUAUGAAAACUUCCGACUUCAACUGUACAUAUCAAAUCCAAUCAAAUUGUAUUAUUCACAUGCGCCGAAUACAACAUGUGUAGACCUUACAGUGAAAUGCUUACUUACAAGCCCUUAACCAACAAUGCAGAUUUAAGAAAAAUAAGUGUUAAGUAUAAAAAUAUAUAUAAAUAUAUGGCAUCUCUGCCCACUUUAAUAAUGUUUACAUACUGCUUUACUCAUCUCAUAUGUAUAUACUGUAUUCUACUGUAUUUUAGUCAAUGCCACUCAGACAUUGCUCAUCCUAACAUUUAUAUAUUUCUUAAUUCUAUUCUUUAACUUUUAGAUUUGUGUCUACUGUGUGUAUUGUUGUGAAUUGUUAGAUACUACUGCACUGUUGGAGCUAGGAACACACCCGCAAUAACAUCUGCUAAAUAUGUGUAUGUGACCAAUAAAAUGUGAUGUGAUUUGAUUUGUCAACACUUCUUACGAAAACAAGUAGUGAUGAAGUCAAUCUCUCCUCCGAUUUACCCUUUGUAGCUUGAAAUAAGUGGUGAAAGUAAUUUAUUUUUAGAAAAUUGACUUAAUGGCUCUUACUUCACAAGUUAAGCAUCAACUCGGUUAUAGAUAAAAUACACGAUUAUAUUAAAAUGAUAUUUUAAGGCAGCACUAACAUUAAUUAUUUUCUUUACCCUUUGUGGGUGCUGUUGCCAGGGGAAAAAAGGCCAAAACGAACGUUUAAACCUGUCUUUCUCCAUUGUUAAUAUCUGACAUGUUCUAUCCCCAGGGUAACACUGUAUGUGUGUCCAGUGUAAUAGGACUUUUAUCCGGGGUAAUGUUUAGGAUUCUGCAGAUUAUUGAUAGUGUUCCAUUCUUCAUACUCAUUUCUCAUUGGCUACCGAAGACAGAACACAUUUGUUUAAGUUAUUUAUGCCUACCUGCUUAGCACAAGGUAGCCUACAUUCUGGAAAUGUCCAUUUUACACCCAAUUGUCAGUUUGAGAGUCCAUGAAAAGCACCAGUUUGUAGGAUUUGCCAAUGGAAGAGUACAUCCCGCCCUCCGUCCUGUUUUGGCAGGUAUUCAGGAGCUUGCUGCACCCACCUGACUACCAGUCCCGCUUAGAAAUAGUGCGCACUAAUUCCAAAACAUCACUCAAUCUGACUGAGUCUACCCUGAGUAAAACGGGGACCUUACAGGUAAGAGACUGGAUGAUGCCUGAAACCUAGUUACUCUUUCCAGGUUUUGACAUUUGAAAUUGUAUAACUGUAGUGUAAUUCAACCACUUGUUUUGAUUCAUAGGAGUGUUAAUGGGGAGAGACUCCAGCACACCAGGAAUCUUGAUGCUUCCAACAUGCUUUUUGCUCCAUGCAAAUCCCCUAUUUAUCAGCUCCAUGCAAAUCUCCUAUUUAUCAGCUCCAUCCAAAUCCCCUAUUUAUCAGCUCCAUGCAAAUCCCCUAUUUAUCAGCUCCAUCCAAAUCCCCUAUUUAUCAGCUCCAUCCAAAUCCCCUAUUUAUCAGCUCCAUCCAAAUCCCCUAUUUAUCAGCUCCAUCCAAAUCUCCUAUUAAUCAGCUCCAUCCAAAUCCCCUAUUAAUCAGCUCCAUCCAAAUCCCCUAUUUAUCAGCUCCAUCCAAAUCCCCUAUUAAUCAGCUCCAUCCAAAUCCCCUAUUAAUCAGCUCCAUCCAAAUCCCCUAUUUAUCAGCUCCAUGCAAAUCCCCUAUUUAUCAGCUCCAUCCAAAUCCCCUAUUUAUCAGCUCCAUGCAAAUCCCCUAUUAAUCAGUGUUCCUUCUAGAAAACCAGAGCAUCCUAUGACCCUUACUGUACCUCUAUCAGUCGGCCUGUAUCUGAGCUGUGUACAGCAACAUCAUCCUAAUCAUCACAACCUAACUAACGUAACCUCUUCACAGGAACACACAGAUGUAGCCUGUAAUCUGACAUCAAACUGCAUUAUUUCACAGGAACACACAGAUGUAGCCUGUAAUCUGACAUCAAACUGCUUUAUUUCACAGGAACACUGAGAUGUAGCCUGUAAUCUGACAUCAAACUGCUUUAUUUCACAGGAACACUGAGAUGUAGCCUGUAAUCUGACAUCAAACUGCUUUAUUUCACAGGAACACACAGAUGUAGCCUGUAAUCUGAAAUCAAACUGCUUUUUUUCACAGGAAGACUGAGAUGUAGCCUGUAAUCUGACAUCCAACUGCUUUAUUUCACAGGAACACUGAGAUGUAGCCUGUAAUCUGACAUCAAACUGCUUUAUUUCACAGGAACACACAGAUGUAGCCUGUGAUCUGAAAUCAAACUGCUUUAUUUCACAGGAAUACAGAAAGAUGUAGCCUGUAAUCUGACAUCAAACUGCUUUAUUUCACAGGAACACAGAGAUGUAAUCUGACAUCAAACUGCUUUAUUUCACAGGAACACACAGAUGUAGCCUGUGAUCUGAAAUCAAACUGCUUUAUUUCACAGGAAUACAGAAAGAUGUAGCCUGUAAUCUGACAUCAAACUGCUUUAUUUCACAGGAACACAGAGAUGUAAUCUGACAUCAAACUGCUUUAUUUCACAGGAACACACAGAUGUAGCCUGUAAUCUGACAUCAAACUGCUUUAUUUCACAGGAACACAGAGAGGUGUAG